AUGUUGAGGAAACUGGAUGCUGCCUGUGAAGAUGGGCAUAUAUUGGUGUACCUCACUGCUCUCCUCAGCAACUCCCUUGGCCUUAUAGCUACCAUUGUCCACUCACAACUUCACACCUCUAUAUACUUUUACAUCUCCAACCUGGCCAUCCUUGACUUGGUAGGUGCCUCCUCAGUUCUGCCCAAGAUGUCAGAGAACCUGAUCCUGGGCAAGAACAGCAUCUCCUUUGAGGUCUGUACAGCACAGCUCUACUCCUUUACUUUCUCAGGCUCUACAGAACUUAUGCUAUUAACAGUCAUGUCUUAUGACCUGUACCUGGCCAUUUACCAGCCCCUUCACUACGGUGACAUUGCUUUCACUGAAGUUCCUGUGACCACAACAAUGGAAGAUAUUCAGGAGAAAUACCCAGAGCAUACCCAGAGCAGGACCAAGGCCUCUGACAGGUACCCUACAACAUCUUUCUGCAAGUCAAAUGAAGUCAACCAUUUCUUCUGUGACAUCUCACCUGUACUGAAAUUGGUGUGCUCAGAUACCUACAUUUUUGAGCUUCUGGUGUUCAUUGCCAUUGUGCUGAUCAUGGUGCUGCCAUUCAUCCUAAUCACCAUCUCCUACAUCUGCAUCAUCUAUACCAUUAUGCAGAUGCCCUUGGCUGAAAGCAGGCAAAGGGUGAUCUCCACAUGUGCUGCUCAUCUCAUGGUUGUUACUCUCUUCUACUGCACAACCUGCUUAAUUCAUUUACAUCUCAAGUCAAGCCUCUCACCAAACAACAAACAGUUUGUGUCUCUUUCCUACACAGUCAUUACACUGAUGCUCAAUCCCAUCAUCUAUAGCCUCAGGAACAGUGACAUAAGGGAAGCGCUAAACAGAACUUUUGGCAGAAAAGUGUUAUCAGAAAGACUCACAGCGCUAUCAUUAUAA